AACAUUUAAAAUAGCCAUCACUGGUUACGCAUGUGUGUUUGGGGAGAAUAAGCCGUAGAAGAAUGGUAUUUACCGAAUAUUAAAAUUAAUUUUAAAUUGAAGACAAUGUAAUCUCUUUUUAAAUAAACCGUUAGUAUAAGAAAACAGACCUUACUUCCGGCCUGAGCGUGAUUUUCGAAAUAAAUCUCUGAUUGUUACGUAUGCUACAGGAACAUGCGUCAGUUAAACAGUCGUUUUCAGCCUUUUAAUUCAAACGGCGCUGCAGCUAUUAUUUUUUCUGUAUAUUAUAUCGUCUGGUCUUCUGAGGUUAAUGGGUUUAAUUUUUUUUUAUACCUAUGCUAGCAUUGAUACAUGCAAUACAACAAUUGUAUAAACAUCACGCUCACAAAAGUAAACGUAUAUAUUUUUUAUUAAUGGUUGCACACUGCAAUAUUUAGCUGUUCAGUCCAAACUGAUGGCUUGGAAAUAUGAGAGGUUUUAUGGACGAGAUGAAGGUUGGCGCAACGAUGGAGGAGUUAAGAGAAUUAGCCAUGCCCUGCCAAUACCAAUAAAAAGCCCCUUCACAAAUUAUUCUCCUCAACCCAUUGACAUUCAUACAGCCAAAGUUACAGGCAAAGAUGGCUGGCCCUCCUACCAAAUCAGAAUGUCUAAGAGUGAAACAGAAGAGAUGAUAGAAAUUGAGAUUGACGAACGGGAGAAACAGGCGUGUCUGGAGGAGGGCAUUGAAGAGCAAACGAUUACUUCAUCAGACUUGAUCCAGCAAGACAUUGACAUCAAUGAACCUGUGGGAAAUUUGAAGAAGCUUUUGGAGCCUCGUGUCCAAAUAUCGUUGGAUGCGUAUGAGAUCUGCUUGCAGGACAUACAGCUUCAUCCUGAUCACAGCCUUUUUGAUCAGGGCGUAAAAACAGACGGCACGGUGCAACUCAGCCUGCAGAUCAUAGCCAAACCAGGUGAGGAAAAGCUGAACAUUUUGGAGAUAGUGAAGCCAGUAGAAACAGUAGAAGUGGUGAUUGAUCCGGACGCAGCGGGAGAAGAGGGCACUCUGGUGGAGGAAGGACAGCUGAUUGCUGUGGACAGGUCUGGUCUCUCUGAUGAGACUUCUGAACAGGUCACACGAUGGGCGGCCGCACUGGAGGGCUACCGCAAAGAGCAGGUUCGCCUGGGGAUACCAUACGACCCCGUGCUGUGGACGGCUGAUCAGGUAAUCCACUGGGCUGUGUGGGUAAUGAAGGAGUUCAACAUUGAUGAGAUGGAGAUAGGCAGCAUUCACAUCCAAGGAAAAGACCUCUGUUCGUUCAGCCAGGAGGAGUUCCUUCAGAAAGUACCUAAUGGAGAGAUUCUCUGGAGUCAUCUGGAACUCCUGCGCAAAUAUGUGUUGGCGAGUCAGGAUCAGUCUGGAGGAGACGCUACAGUCACAAUUGACCAGCCUGUGCAGAUCAUACCAGCUCAGGUGAACACGCCCACAGCCAUUAAGGUGUUGAAGCAGAGCCGAGGCCCCAGAACGCCACGAAUCUCAGGAGGAGAGGAGCGCAGCUCGCCUGGAAACCGCACAGGUAACAAUGGUCAGAUUCAACUGUGGCAGUUCUUGCUGGAGCUACUGACGGACAAGGAUGCAAGAGACUGCAUCUCCUGGGUGGGUGAGGAGGGUGAGUUCAAGCUCAACCAGCCCGAACUGGUGGCUCAGAAAUGGGGCCAGCGUAAAAACAAGCCCACCAUGAACUACGAGAAACUCAGCAGAGCUCUCAGGUAUUACUAUGACGGAGACAUGAUCAGCAAAGUGCAGGGCAAGCGCUUCGUCUAUAAGUUUGUGUGUGACCUGAGAACUCUGAUUGGCUACAGUGCAGCCGAGCUCAACACCCUGGUGACAGAGUGCGAGCAGAAGAAAAUGGCUCGCAUGCAGAUUCACGGCAUCAGCCAGCCCCUCACCACGGUGACCCUGGCCACUUCACUAGAAAAGGACAGUUGAAGUAACCAGGCCGUCUGGAAAUAAGACCGACUCCUCUUUUCUUUUUCUCUAAUUUUAGUUCAAGCACAAAAACGCAAGGAUUAACAUCUUUUACUACUUUACACUUUAGUCCAGUUAGACUAAAGGAAGGUGAAGGUGUUUUUUUUUCCUUCUUUUUGCUUCAACUAUAGACAAGUGCGUGCAGGAUGAGCUGCAGUAUUUUGCAGCAAAAUCUGAUAUAAUGCUGUUGUGCAUGUGACUGAAUGCUUGAACGUGUGACUGAAAAGCUUUGUAACGUGUCCCUCGUCUGUAGUUCAGAUAACAACCCCCCAACUACACUGUAUAUACUGGUACUUAAUGUUUUUGAUAGCCAUAAGGGCAAGUGUAUUUUCAUAUUUUUCCAUUUAUAAGAGAAUCUGUUUUUGUAUUUUAUUUAGUGGCCGUCCCCUUAUAAGGCUGGACCCUUUUGUCCACUAGGGGGAAAUAAAGCAGCAAGCAUUUUUCAUAA